UGUUUGUCUAUCGUCUGGUUGCAACGAAAAAGAGUAACGCGCUGGAAUUUAUGCAAUGGCCACUUAUUGCCGCUCUUUUUACUCAGUUAUAUCACUUUGUAAUUGGAGAUGAUUGUUAUUGCCCAUUAUGUGAGUUGGACAAAUUACCCGACAACUGCACAACAAUUCAUGGACAUAUUCAAAUGGGUCUCGAGUCAACAAUGCCACCGUUUGAGAUCGUUGAAUACAAGCUGGAAAAUGUCACAAAAAUAGUUGGAUGCAUAACGAUAGCCAACUCUGGUUUCACAAGUCUGUCACUUUUAUCAAAUUUGGAAAUAGUUCAGUACUCACAAACUGGAAAUUCUUCUACAUGUUCCUCGUACGGAAAUAUAAUAACAAUUGCGAAAAAUAGUUUAUUGCGUAGGUUGUACUUGACAAGUUUGAAGAAGGUAAUUCUUAGUAAGAAAGCAGAGUAUGGAAUUUAUUUGCUCGAUAAUCCAUCGUUAUGCAUUACUGAAGGUGAAUUGGAACAGUUUAUGCAAACCGAGAAGUUUCAUGCACCACAUAUUCAAAUUUGCGAUCCAACAAAAAAUUAUUGUCGACUUGAUAAUUUUGAGUUUUUCAAUGAUAAGAAUAUUCCUGUUGGAUGCCAAGUUUUGACAGAUUCAUUAGUUUUAAAUGGUACCAAAGAAAUCAAUGGUUUAGAAUUUCAGAGCAGAUUAAACGAUAUUGAGCAGAUUCUGGGAUCAAUUACAGUGUUUGAAAGUGAAAUUGCCAGUUUGAAGUUUCCAAAUUUAUGGAGAGUCUACAAUUUUCAACCUGAUCUACCUGUAAUCUUCCUCCAAGAAAAUGGAAAUCUCUCCGAAGUAGAAUUCUCAAAUCUCACUUCAAUUCCAUAUUUCGGAAAUUAUCCAGAUGUUCUUUAUGCUUUCUCCAACCCUCUGCUUACAAAUUUAUCGUUGGACACCUGCGAAAAUCUAAACUCUCUAGGUCCAAUCACAUUUGAGGAAGUAUCAAAUUCUAUUUGUGAAAACCGAACAAGCUCAGUUGUGCCAAAUCAGGACAAAAAUCGAACUGGAAAUUCUGGGGGUUUAAUCGUUGACGUGGAAGUUUCAGGGACCAAUUCGACUGCGCUGAGCUCCGUUGGAAAAGAUGGGCCACCAGAAAACAACACAAAAGAUAAUUCGGUAUAUCGGGUUUUUGAUUUUAAUUUAAAUUUGAGUUUUCUCUUUUAUUUGUUGAUUUUUCAAAAAUUAUUUAUAUAACUGGUUGUUUUAGUUCAAUAAAACAUA